UCUUCACAGUUGUAUGCGGUAGCAAUGUUCACAGCAGUUAGAUAGAUUUGAGAAGAGCUAAUUGAAUGUACCUACAUUGUAAAUAUCAGUUACAAUUGUCAAAUACAAAUAGUUUGAUUCUUUGAUUGGACCAAAGACUACGAAUUAACUUUGUACAAUGGUGAAGUUAUAUUCCAUGAGUGUCUUGUAUAAAACCGGACCCGAUAGUGCAGUAUGCUUAAAGGCAGCAUAUGAUGUGCAAAGCUUUAACUUUUUUCAACGAGGAUCAAUACAGGAGUUUAUGGCAUUUGUAAGUAAAACGAUCACGGAGAGAACACAUGUAGCUGCACGGCAGUCUGUAAAACAGGAAGAUUACAUGUGCCAUGUCUACGUAAGGGGCGACAGUCUAGCAGGUGUUGUUAUAUCAGACGAAGAUUAUCCUCCACGUGUUUCACAUACAUUAAUCACAAAGGUGCUUGACGAAUUCACGCAGACCGUUCCCGCAUCUAGCUGGUCGACGAUAUCAGAACGUGACAUUAAUUUUCCACAACUAAAUGCAUACCUGGCGAAAUAUCAGAAUCCGCGAGAGGCGGAUGCUAUGACUAAAAUUCAAACAGACUUAGACGAGACCAAAAUCAUUUUACAUAACACGAUCGAGGCGGUUCUAGAAAGAGGUGAAAAAUUAGAUGAUCUUGUAGCCAAAUCUGAAGGCCUAAGCAUUCAGUCGAAAGCAUUUUAUAAAACGGCACGUAAAACGAACAGCUGCUGCAAUUUUAGUUAAUCGGCCACAUUCCACAUUGUCAAUGUGAACAAUAAAUGUUUAAACAAGUAAUUAUGCUGACUGGAUGUAUAAAAUUCUUUGUAAUAUACUGUGUAUUUUAUUGUAAUA